AUGCGCAUCUUCCGGGAAAGACUGCCGGUAGGAGACCUCUGUAUCAACAGGCGCAGGAAGACAGCGAUUUACUCACAUUGUCGUUUUAGCACGAGACCUUCCCGGCGCGGUCGCCCAUCUGGCGCUGCACGACGCCCACCCACUCCUCCUGACAGCAAUGUCAGUGACGAAGCCAAUACUUCCCGCCGCAAUACUCGUUCCAGAGCAAACCAAGAAUUAGAACCUGCCCCGCCGGAUGAUAUCACGGAUAGCCACAGCAACCAUGAUAACCGGUAUCUUGAUUGUACGCAUAUUGUCUUUCCGCAGUCAUCUGGCUCCGCGGAAUCCCAAAAGCCGCCAACAAAUGAAGCAAUUGAGGGAUGGGGGUCUGUUAGCGGCUCCAUAGGCGCGACUGGGGAGUCACAGAGUCAGAUUUUAUUUGCUGCCAAUGACUCUCCCGCAACUCAACGAACGGAGCGAUCAGAAGACCACUACGAGCAUAACGACAGCUACCCUGUUGGUCAUGUGUUUCUACCAGAGCUUCAGACCAACGCUCGCGAUCAAGAACGACUCAUAGCCGAAAGACUGCCCGACGUUCCGAACCUGCCAGACCCUGCCCUGCAGCAGACCUUCUCCGAAACAUAUUUCGAAUACUGCUAUCCCUGGUGUCCAGUGUUGGAUCGAGAGAGCCUCUCUGAAGAAUCAGCUCGGUCUCCACUUCUAGUUAAUGCUCUUGCGGCAGCUGGCAGUCACAUCAAGCCACCGAUGAUCCCCCACGACGGACCAGCAGUUUACUACGACCGUGCAAAAUCGCUAUUCUAUAACGAUAAAGAGGCAGAUGUGAUGACCUCCUUGAAAGCUAUUUCUCUGUUUUAUUGGUGGAGCCCACGGCCACCAACAAUUCUCCACCGACAUUCUUCCUGGUGGUGGACAUCGGUAGUGAUCCGACACUGUCAACAACUAGGCGUGCAUCGCGAGCCUGCGCUUGAUCAUCCGCUCCGUGAGCAGAUUGACCUGAGUCUACGACGGAGGAUCUGGUGGACGGCUUUUGCUCGCGAGCGUCUGACGGCGUUAUGCCAAAGCAAACCUUGUGUUAUUGAUCCGGAGGACUGCACACUGUCCGAGCCAACGUUGGAAGAUUUUCCGGAUGUACAGGACAAGACCAAAGCGGAGAUUUUUAUUUAUUGGGUCCGACUAUGUGGUAUCAUUGGAAAAAUCGCUAAAUAUCUCGUGCGCACUGGCGAAUCUCCCGGUGCUUUUCCGGUUCAACUUGCCCGGGAGCUUAUUCACUGGGUACAAUCAUUACCACCGCAUCUUCAAUUGCCUAUCGGCUCGGAUCACACAACUUCAUUCGAUCGAGAUGUGUACCAGCUCCAUAUACCAUACCUUGCUGUCAUAAUCAUUAUUCAUCUAAAACGGUCCACCUCAUCGCAGCCCCUUCCACAAGCCUAUCCCCCUGCUAUUUUAGCGGCAACCUGUAUGGCGCGGCUAAUGAGAGAUAUUCUGGCCCGCGGCGGUACUAGAUUCCUCAUGGCAAUUACAGGUUGGUACUGCGGCACUGCAUUUAUUGCAUUAUUGCAGGCCCUUCGCAUCGAGAGUCUGGCUAAGAGCGCGAAUGAAGAUUUGGAUAUACUUACUUUGGCUGUUGAUCAAUUGCGUCAAAUGUGGCCAACAGCCGCUGUAUUCUAUUCUGGGUUUAAGCGUCUACGACCCAACGCCGUGGGUCCUGAUGCGGACUCUCAGCGUGCUCCCGGUCCUGAGCUAGGGAUGGGUGAUGGGUCAGGAUAUAUGGAGAUGACUGACGGUAUUGACUGGACCGUCUACUUCCCUUUUGCAACGUCACAAACUAGCGGAAUUGCGAGCCGAUUACUUGUGCCACAUAUGGAAGAACUCUUCUUUGAUGACGAUGUCUUCGCGGAUGCUAUGGUUCAGUUUCAAUAUUUAUUUGAACCCUGCGAUACCCUCUCAGAGAUGAAUUUGUUUGCAUAG